CUUGUUGUAUUUUCCCCAAUCAAAACGAAUAAAUAACUACUGCCGCAAUAUAAAUAAAAAAGCAUGUUGACUCGUGCAGGUGCAGUUGAAAAAUAUGUUGGAAAAAUUAAAUUUAGAAGAAACUGUGGAUAAAGGAGUAGCUGACGAUACUCCGGAUUCUAAUUCAGUGUCCCAAGAAGAGGUAGACAAGGUUUUUACUCAGAAAUUUUACCUACAAACCGAGGAAGCUGUAUCUUUGCAAAAGAGCUAUGUUUUGCACCUGGACAAAGUUGGGAAAUCCCUUGUUGCUGGCAUGUCUGGGCCCCAAGUCCACGUGUUUGAUAUAUCUGGGAGUUCUCUGACAAAAACACAUUCAUGUGAAUUGAAAAAUGAGGCAGGAAUUUGUGGUCUGCGCUUUCUUCAUAAAGACACCAAUGUUUUCCUCUCCGGACAGACUUGUGGAAGUAUUUUCCUGCAUGAUAAGAGGGGAAAUACAAUUGUAGCUACACUUGAAGACACAAAAAGUGGCUCCCGGAAACCCUUUACAGCUUUCGAUGUCAAUGCCAAUGACAGAGUUAUUUGUGUGGGAACUGAACAAAUUCUGCACGAUGUGUUCUUGCUAUUCUUCGAUGUGCGGCAAAGAAAACUCCUUGGGGGUUAUUGGGAGAGCCAUGAAGAUGAUGUCACCUGUAUUCAAUUUCAUCCACGAGAUCCAAAUGUUCUGGCUUCAGGGAGUACCGAUGGCUUGAUCAAUGUCUUCAAUAUCUCUCAAUCCACUGAGAGUGAUGCUUUGGACUAUUGCCUCAACACGGAGAAGACUGUACAGAAGAUCAAUUGGCACCAAAGGGAGAAAGGCGGAGAUUUGGUAAGCAGCAUCAUGGACACGAAUGAUUUCCAUAUCUACAGCGCGGAAGACAAUCAACUCCUGACUGGAUUUUCUCGGGAGAAUAUUACCGAACGUUUGUUACGGAACUCUUCUAUUGAUUGCUCAGCAAUUGGAUGCCACAGUUCAGCUGCCAAAGGGAUUUUCUUAAUGGCAGGAUCGAAUUACCACAAUGGAGAAUGUUUGAGGAUUCUCGAAUAUAGUGAUCAGGAACUUCAUCCUCGAGCGAAUUUCAUUGGAAAUCAUCAGAUUGUUCGAUCCUAUAUUUAUGAAGAAAACGACGAUUUAUAUGUAACUGGAGGGGAAAAUGGCAUAAUCUCCCUCUGGAACCAGCAGCAGACGAAAACUGACGAGAAAUACACCGCUGUUGAACGCCACAAAUCCCAUCACAAUGUAAAACCAUAUUAAAUUGCAGAUAAAAGGUAUUUUUAUCUCAAGAA